AUGAGUGAAUAUCAUUCGGAUAUUGGCAACCCUUUCUCAAAUCUAUGCCCCACUCUAGCAUUUGAGAUGGUUAUGUCAAAGCUCUAUGCUUCAAUUGGAAAACCUACAGAUUUAAAAUCACCAGCAAUUGCCGCAAAUAUUAGAUCAUAUGACGAAACCAACAAGGAAAAAUCCAUCAAAGGAGUUGAGGCGGCCGUUGGACCUCAAGGAUUUAUGCUGUUUUGGUCUAUUACCAUGCUCUCUCAAUCUACUAAAUCUCUCGACGCGGGAUUAUUUGUACCUGUAGAGAUUCUAGUCCGUCAAUUAUCAGAUGAAGAAGGAACGGAAAUCAUGUGGCAAGUACCUAGUACUUUAAUUGCUGCUCUAAACAGAGGGUACAAUGAAUUAUUGAACGCAGCACAUGUUUUAGAUAGGAAACUGGAAGGGCUGAUUGCUUUCAUUGGUCGCGACGUAUAA